AUGACGAUGUCCCAGAUGAAGACCAUUGAGUUGGAGGAAGGAUGGAGUUUCAUGCAGACUGGCAUACAGAAGCUGAAGAAAAUUUUGGAAGGGCUUCCAGAACCACAGUUUAGCUCAGAAGAAUACAUGAUGCUCUACACCACCAUCUAUAACAUGUGUACUCAAAAGCCUCCUCAUGACUAUUCCCAGCAGCUGUAUGAUAAAUAUAAGGAAGCUUUUGAAGAUUAUAUUGGCUCUACGGUAUUGACAUCAUUAAGAGAGAAACACGAUGAGUUCAUGUUGCGGGAGCUUGUAAAGCGAUGGGCAAAUCAUAAAGUAAUGGUUAGGUGGCUUUCACGGUUUUUUCAUUAUCUUGAUCGUUAUUUCAUUGCUCGAAGGUCCCUACCUGCACUCAAUGAAGUUGGUCUGACUUGUUUUCGUGAAUCGGUUUAUGAAGAGGCUAAGGGUAAAGCUAAAGAUGCUGUUAUUGCACUUAUUGAUCAAGAACGUGAAGGAGAGCAGAUUGAUAGAGCAUUAUUGAAAAAUGUCCUUGGUAUAUAUGUUGAGAUUGGAAUGGGACAGAUGGAUUUCUAUGAAAAAGACUUUGAAGCUGACAUGCUUGUUGAUUCUGCUGGUUAUUAUUCCCGGAAAGCAUCAAACUGGAUUGUGGAAGAUUCAUGUCCUGAUUACAUGUUGAAGGCUGAGGAUUGUUUAAGAAGAGAAAAAGAAAGAGUAGCUCACUAUCUGCAUUCAAGCAGUGAAUCAAAGCUGUUAGAGAGAGUGCAAAACGAAUUGUUGGUGGUAUAUAGCAGUCAAUUACUUGAAAAAGAGCAUUCUGGAUGUCGUACAUUGCUUCGAGAUGAUAAGGUGGACGAUCUGUCAAGGAUGUAUAGGCUCUUCUCUAAAAUUCCCAAAGGAUUAGAUCCCGUUGCUAAUAUGUUCAAGCAGCAUGUUACUGCUGAAGGAAUGACUCUAGUCCAACAAGCUGAAGAGGCUGCAAGUAACAAGGCGGAGAAUGUUGGGGGUCCACAAGAGCAGGUGUUUGUUAGGAAAAUAAUUGAGUUGCAUGACAAGUUCAUGGCAUAUGUUACAGAUUGCUUCAUGAAUCAUACGCUAUUUCACAAGGCCCUAAAAGAGGCAUUUGAAGUUUUCUGUAAUAAAAUUGUGGCUGGUUGCUCGAGUGCGGAGCUUCUGGCUUCAUACUGUGACAAUAUCCUGAAAAAGGGGGGUAGUGAGAAGUUGAGUGAUGAAGCAAUUGAAGAAACCUUGGAUAAGGUGGUUAAGCUCCUUGCUUACAUCAGCGAUAAAGAUCUUUUCGCGGAGUUUUAUAGAAAGAAACUAUCUCGGCGUUUGCUUUUUGAUAAGAGUGCGAAUGAUGAUCACGAAAGGUUGAUACUGUCAAAGCUAAAACAGCAAUGUGGUGGACAGUUUACAUCAAAGAUGGAGGGCAUGGUGACGGAUUUGGCAUUGGCAAAGGAGAAUCACAGUCAGUUUAACGACUACCUUUCCGGUAAUGCUUUUGCCAAUCCUGGAAUUGAUCUGACAGUCACUGUUUUGACUACGGGUUUCUGGCCAAGCUACAAAUCCUCUGAUCUUAGCCUACCUGCAGAAAUGGUGAAAUGUGUUGAAGUGUUUAAGGAGUUCUAUCAGACGAAAACCAAACACAGAAAGCUGACCUGGAUUUACUCUCUGGGGACAUGCAAUGUGAAUGGUAAAUUUGAUCAGAAAACCAUAGAGCUGAUUUUGGGAACAUACCAGGCAGCAGCACUGCUGCUGUUCAAUGCUUCAGAUAGACUAAGUUACUCGGAUAUCAAGACACAGCUAAAUCUUGCUGAUGAGGAUGUGGUGAGAUUACUCCAAUCACUGUCGUGUGCCAAGUACAAGAUUCUCAUCAAGGAGCCAGCCUCGAGAACUGUUGCUGAAACCGAUUCCUUCCACUUUAAUUCAAAGUUCACUGAUAGGAUGAGGAGGAUCAGGAUUCCUUUGCCACCUGUGGACGAGAGGAAGAAAGUUGUGGAGGAUGUUGAUAAGGACAGGCGAUAUGCGAUAGAUGCUUCCAUUGUUCGCAUCAUGAAGUCGCGUAAGGUUCUUGGUCAUCAACAGCUGGUGAUGGAGUGUGUAGAGCAGCUAGGCCGCAUGUUCAAGCCUGAUUUCAAGGCGAUAAAGAAGAGGAUUGAAGAUUUGAUCACACGGGAGUACUUGGAGAGAGACAAGGAGAACCCUAAUCUGUUCAAGUAUUUGGCCUGAUCCAGUCAAUGGAAUAGCUAGUGAAUCACAAUCACGUUUUGUUAUCUCUGUGCUUACUACUACUACUGCUACUGCUACUUGUUUUGGCUUUUACUACCCCGUGAGCAUUGAAUGGGAUAGGAAUGGGUGGGGUCUGUGGAUAUAUUUUCUUCUUUGACAAUCACUUCACUUCAUGUGCAGUUGACAAUGACAUAUUGAAAAUCUCUUAUCUCAAAUCUCAAAUCUGUUAGGGACGAAGUAAAUUUGAUAUUUUGAUGAAAAUGCUGAGCAAGGCCAUUUUUAUCAACUGAUUUUUUAGGCAUUCAUUAGCCACGUAACAGUUGUGAUAGUUUGGGCUUUCUUCCAACUGGUUUCCAAUUCCAGUCCACUGUCUUGUCUUGAUUUGGUAAUGGCAGUAAGUGAUAGAUAUUUGAUAAAUAGAUGCUAUCUUGAUAUAAAAAAUCAUAACUGGUAUGACCGAUAAAAUCAGGCGUUUUUAUUAAGCUGUCAUUCAAGCAAGAGAGAAAGUAGUCCACUCUCGAUGAGCCCUACAAGGAGGGCCGCUUGUUAGAUAGCGAACUGCUACCCUAAAGGUGGAACUUCUUUGGACAACAUGCCAACUAAUGCAACUAUUAAAGGUUAAACUAGGGGCGUAUGCAUGAUUGACUCUUGUAGGUCUCUCUAUAUAUAAGGUGUGUUGGAGGAUAUAUGUAUGGUGAUGGUGGAAACUGGAUUCCUUAUGAGUCGCAUAUGUUCACUUUACGAACUGAUAUUUUCACCAUAUGUCUGGGUUUAUAGGAAAUCCAGUCUAGGAUAAUCCAAAAGGACAAUUGUGUAUUAAAGCAUAGAAACACAAGCUAAAUGACUAGAGAGUUAUGAGUUUGUUAAGAUGAAGAAGAGUUGAAGAAAAUGUUCUGUAUCGACUCAAAAGAGUAGCCGUAUAUAUACAUGACAUAUUAGUGUUAAAUCUUCUAAAGUAGUUAUCCAAAUCUCG